UCCUGCCCGGAGUGGAUAUUUCUUCAUCCUGUGGUGGUGGGAAAACGGACCACCCUCACGACUCGUUUCUCAGGCGUCGCCGGCGACCAAACUUCGUCUUUGCUUGGUCACCAACAGAUGCAAUGAAGUGGUGCCACUCCGUUUCCGCACCUAGCAGGGGAACGAGACACACAUUGCUGCGGCAAUUCCCGGACCAUGGAGGCCUUAAACUUCUCUGCUAUGGUAACAGAUCUUCAUCUAUGCUACAUUUCCAGCGCCCGUCUCGCCAUAAGGGCUUUUCGUCGAAAUCUGGAAGGUACCGAAUCGAAACCGACAAGAGCAAGGCCAGAGGCCGUGAGGUUUGUAAAGUAUCCAGCAAGGUUUCUGGUAAAGCGAGUGAAGAGGGUUGGGAAGAUAGUGACAUUGAGGACGUUGAGGAAGAUGAUGAUGGUUGUCCUGUUGACGAGUUAUCUUGUUUCAGGGGGUUGGUGCUGGACAUUUCAUACAGGCCCAUCAAUGUCGUAUGCUGGAGACGUGCCAUUUGUUUGGAAUUUAUGGAGAAGGCUGACGUGUUGGAGUACUAUGAUCAAACUGUCUCUUCCCCAAGUGGUUCUUUUUACAUACCGGCUGUUCUGAGAGUUCCAAAUUUACUUCAGGUUGUCAAGAGGAGAAGAAUUAAACAACAGCUUAAUCGUAAAAACAUAUACUUUCGUGAUAUGUUUAUUUGUCAAUACUGUUCUGCUCAUGAUAAUUUGACUAUCGAUCAUGUUUUGCCAACUUCACGUGGCGGGGAAUGGAAAUGGGAGAACUUGGUCACUGCCUGUGCAAAAUGCAAUACGAGGAAAGGCCAGAAAACAUUAGAAGAAGCGGGUAUGAAGUUGAUCAAAGCUCCUAAGGCACCCAAAGAAUUCGACAUCCAGGCUAUACCCUUAACUUCUGCAGCCAUAAAGUUUCUAAAAAUGCGGAAGAAGUUACCGCCUGAGUGGCAGCAGUAUCUUCCUCAGCCAUCUCCGGAAUCCUGAAAUUAAAAAAUGACCCGUAGGCUAAAAUAGAUGUUCUGUAUCAUGUUUGAAGAUACUGGAGAAUCGUUGCUUCGCAGACCAUCCGCAUUUCGUUACUAGGGAGAGACAGAUUUUUGGAAUUCCAAUUUAGGAUUCGGAGGACAAGAAAAUCAGAUCAUUUUACCAUAGUGGCUCAUCGUAUUUAAUCUAGUUUGAUUUCUGUUAAAAAUUAAUGUACAUGAAUAAAAUUUAACCAUUUUUCCAAAUUCGCCAUUUAUGUUUUAGAAGAUGGUGAUCGG